GUUUCGAAAUAAAUAAAUUUAAUUAUUCGUAGUAGUUAGAAGAAAAUCAUUUCUUUUUAUAAUAUAAUCUUAUCAAUUAUAAGCGCCUGUACCAAGAUUGUAAAAAUAAAGUUCGUAUAUGAAUAGAAUGAUGACAUGAUCACGGUAUUGAAAUGUUGUUGUUGAUUAGGGGAAUGCCCAGUGUGAGAAUGUAUCGAACGAUUCGAUUCAAAAUGAUGAUACGAAUAAGAAAAAUUUCAAGUUUUCACGUGAAUAUUUGCUUAUUGCCACUCUUGUUUCUGAUGAUAUAAAUCUUGUUUUUAUUUUUAUUUUUGUAUUUGUUUGUGUGUGUGUGUUAUGAUAUGAUAGAAAAAAUAAAAUUGCUUGGUAGUUUCAAGGACUUUAUGUGCUGAAUUUUAAUUUUAUUUGCAGUUACUUUCCGUCCAUCCAUCACCAUAUUUAUUUUUGCGUAAAUUUUUACCAUCAUUUCAGGCUUCUGGUUUUUAGCAAUUUGUAAAAAGUGUAAAAAAAAUGUCUAAAAAAGUGUUGGUUAUCGGCAAUGGUUCACGGGAACAUUGUAUUGCUUGGAAAUUAUCACAAUCACCAAAGGUUUCGAAUAUAAUUGUUUCACCUGGAAACGGUGGUCUAUCACAAUGCGGUGGUAAAAUUUCCAUGAUUGAUUUAAAUUUAUCGAAUCAUAACGAAUUGAUUGAAUGGUGUCGAAACAAUCGAAUCGAUUUGGUAGUCGUCGGACCUGAAGAUCCUUUGUCGAAAGGCAUAUCCGAUUCAUUGAAUUCAAAUGGAAUUGUUUGUUUUGGACCAAGCCAAAAAGCAGCUCGCAUUGAAUGUGAUAAAGCUUUUGCCAAGAAUUUUAUGAAAAAAUAUAACAUCCCAACGGCUGCUUUUGAAAAUUUCACCGAUCAUGAACGAGCCAAAGAAUAUGUCCGUUCUACAGGUGCAUUGGUCAUUAAAGCUAGCGGUUUAGCCGCUGGUAAAGGAGUGAUCGUUGCAAAAACGGUUGAUGAAGCGUGUGAAGCUAUCGAUGAUAUGAUGCUGCGUAAAAAAUUUGGUAAAGCUGGUAAUGAGAUUGUCGUUGAAGAAUUUCUUGAUGGCGAUGAAGUUUCUGUGUUUGCCAUGACCGAUGGAGUGAAUCAUCGAAUCUUGUUGCCGGCACAAGAUCACAAACGAGCAUAUGAUAAUGAUGAAGGUCCAAAUACCGGAGGCAUGGGUGCCUAUUGUCCAUAUCCAUUUUUAAACGAUGAACAAUUGGAUAUAAUCAAAGAAAAUAUCAUUCAGAAAACCAUCGAUGGUAUGCAUCAGGAAGGACAUCCAUUCGUUGGCCUAUUAUACGCUGGUCUAAUGAUUACACCACAUGGCCCAAAAGUCAUUGAAUUUAAUUGUCGAUUUGGUGAUCCAGAAACACAAUCAAUUCUUUCAUUAUUGAAAUCAGACAUCUUUGAUCAUUUCAUGGCCUGUAUGUAUGGUCAAGUGGAUGAAAUUCGAUUCGAAUGGGAUAAUCGUUAUGCUGUCGGCAUUGUUCUUGCAAGUGGUGGAUAUCCAGGACCAAUAGUCAAAAAUAUUGAAAUACAUGGUUUAAAUAUUUUGAAUCAAUUAAGUGAUGUUCAUGCAUUCUACAGUGGAACUGCUUUGAAAGAUGGUGAUCUUGUUACAAGUGGUGGUCGAAUUAUGACCAUUGUGGCAUUAGAUCAUUCGUUGAAACAAGCGGCCAUCAAAGCACGAAAUGCCGUAUCGAUGAUCAAAAUUGAAAAAAGUUUCUUUAGAAACGAUAUUGCCAGCAAAGCAAUUAGACGAUUGGAGACACAAAUUGAUUACAAACAAAGCGGUGUUGACAUCAAUGCAGGAAAUCAAUUAGUCGAACAUAUCAAAGAAUUUGCUCGACGUACAACUCGAUCCGGUGUUAUGGAACAGAUUGGUGGUUUUGGCGCUCUGUUUGAUGUGAGUAAACUUGGAAUGCAGGAUCCAAUUCUUGUAUCCGGUACUGAUGGAGUCGGAACCAAACUGAAGAUUGCAAUCGAUACGGGCAUUUUAAACACGGUUGGCAUCGAUUUGGUUGCCAUGUGUGUCAACGACAUCCUUGUCCAAGGAGCUGAACCGUUAUUUUUUCUCGAUUAUUUUGCUUGUAGUCGAUUACGGGUGGAUAAAGCUGCCGAUAUUAUCAAGGGUAUUUCCGAUGGAUGCCUUCAAUCAAAUUGUGCUUUGAUUGGUGGAGAAACGGCCGAAAUGCCUGGCAUGUAUGUUGGAGAUGAUUUUGAUUUAGCCGGAUUCGCCGUUGGUGCUGUUGAAAGAAGACAAAUGUUGCCAAGAAAAAGCUCCAUUGCUGAAGGUGAUGUCAUCAUCGGUUUGACAUCAAGCGGUGUUCAUUCGAAUGGAUUCAGUAUGGUCCGUAAAAUUAUGGAAGUCAAUCAGGUCAAUUUCGGAGAUCAAUUUGAUGAACAAAGAAAAUUUCACGAUAUUCUUCUGACGCCUACGAAAAUCUAUGUAAAAUCUUUGAUGCCUGCUAUUAAAACUGGAAAAAUCAAAGCUUUGGCACAUAUAACAGGCGGUGGUCUUAUCGAAAAUAUUCCUCGUAUUUUACCGAAAGAAUUUGGAGUCGAAUUGGAUGCAAUGUCUUGGCCAAUGCAUGAAAUAUUUACUUGGCUUAAACAUGCCGGUAAUGUUGCCGAUCAUGAAUUGCAAAAAACAUUUAACUGUGGCUUAGGAAUGGUGCUGAUUGUCAGUGCUAAAGAUGCCAAUGCUAUUCAAGAUCAAAUUAAAACUUCAAAUGGUGAAGAAAGCUAUCAAGUGGGCAAAAUUAUUCGAAGAUCUGAUCGAGCUGUAAUUGUUAGAAAUUUUGCUCAAGCAAUUGAACGUAAUUCAUCGAAAAUAACGAUUAAACGAACAGAACGAGAAAAGAAGCGUGUAGCUGUGUUGAUUUCGGGCAGUGGAACCAAUCUGAAAGCCAUAAUCGAAUAUGUCAAUCGUAAUGCACAUAAAACUUGCAUCAAUUUGACCAUGGUCAUAUCCAAUAAAAGUUCAGCACCAGGAUUACAGUUUGCCCGGGAAGCAGGUAUUCCAGUUGAAGUGAUUGUCAAGAAGAAAAUACAAUCACGCGAAGAAUAUGAUCAAUUAUUAAACAAAGCAUUAGAUGAUGCUCAUAUAGAUAUUGUUUGUUUGGCUGGUUUCAUGCAAAUGUUGACGGAAAAUUUUGUCAAUAAAUGGAUGGGUAAAAUGAUCAAUAUUCAUCCAUCAUUAUUGCCAGCAUUUAAAGGAAUGGAUGCUUAUGGACAAGCAUUACAAUAUGGUGUAAAAUUUACUGGAUGUACGUCACAUUUUGUUGUGCCAGAAAUGGACGCUGGACCAAUCAUUGCACAGGGUGUAGUAGAUAUUCGUCCAGGUGAAACACAUGAUUCAUUGGUUGAACGUGGUAAAGCGGUUGAACAUCAAAUUUAUCCAAAAGCAUUAGAAUUGGUUUGCAGUGGUCAGGUGAAAUUUUCAAUGUAGAAUAUAAUUAUUUAAAAAUGUGUUAAAUAUAAUUUGAUUUGAUAAAUGAA